AUGGAUUUGAAGAACAGAUCGUCGGAGACCUCAGACGCUGCUGAAAAAAUUUUGGAGGUGAAUGGGCAUGCUGGCGUUCCAAUUACCUCAACCAAAACAAAGAAAACAAGUGAAGGACCGGAGGGAAAAAUCGCAGUUUUAUCUAAUAAAGAACCUGAAGAUUCCGAAGCUAUCCAAGCCGCAGUGAAUUAUCACUGCUUAGCUUCGCCCGGGGCCACUAAUGAUGUCGACGGGAGUGGGGGAAACAGCGAUAUGCUCCGGCCAGGUAAGGGGGACUUUUCCCUGGUAAAUGGGGUCAUGGAGAAGAGCAGGGUUGGGCCGGUUAGCAGCCCUCACAAGGAUGACCUUCCUUUGGAUCGAUUGCAGACUUCAGUUUGCGGUGGGCAGCCUCGUGAGCACAGUGUAGGUUUGCCUGUGCCUUCAUCUGGUGGUGCGGCUCCUGAAAACUUCACGUCCAAAGUUUCCUGUGAAGAUCAAAUACAAACUACCAGGAAUUUGCACACAAACGAAACCGAUGCGUCAAAAGGCUUGAAUAAUAUUUCUGUUGAAACAAAAGUUUUAAAUAAUGAUCUUUCAGUUGCAAGUGCAUCAUCAUCAUCGGCCAUCACGAAAGUCAACGAAUCAAAAAAGCACGUAGAUGUUGGUAAUGAGUCUCGCAUUACUGAUGAGCCGUCAGCAAAUGCUGAGCCAGAAAUAUCCUCCCUUGACAACAGCGAUUCAAAAGCUGUGUCGAGCAUUCUUUCUGCUUUAGAAGACAACAUCGUUAGAAAUUUUGAUGAGUCCGAUGCAAAAUCUCCGCUUCCGAAAAUAAUAUUGAAAACGGAAAGUGAUCAUAACGGAAAAGUGACCUAUGAAGUUGGAGGCGCCAGUGGGAAUGAAGUAAAUGUGUCAUUCAGUGAUAACUUCAAUCAUGAAAGUGAAUUGUGUGAAGUUGUAGAGGCGCCGAUAAUAAAGAAGAAUUUCACUCCUCUCACAACCAAGGAUGAGAAGAAAAAUAUAAAAGAAAAUGUAUCGUCAGAAGAUGUAUCAUUGAAUGGCCUAAGUUGCAAUAAAAACAACGCAGAGAAAGUAUCUGCGGUGGACAAUAUUUUGGGCGAUAUUAUUGUGGACCCUGACGUCAUCGGCGCGCCCCUCGGCAAAGAAGUUCUUAAUGUGUCCACGUCAAAGGAUGGGCUCAUAACGCGGCAAACUGGAGGGGCAAGCGGGAAAGAGAUAACCAUAACGAUUAAAAAUCGUACGGGCGAUGAAAAUAAAAUACCUGUUGAAGAAGAGGUAAUUAAAAAGGAAAGGUUUUCUCCCCUUGGUUCGGAGGACAAACUUGCUUUGGACAAACUACCAUUUCGUGAAAAGUCGGUUAUCGAAUCUGCAGUGAAACGCAGAUUCGGAAACUUGUCAAUCGAGCCUAAGUUAGAAUCUGAAGCAGACAUACUUUCUACAAAAACAAGUUCGGAGCAAGAAUUGAUUGUGGCUGACUUGAAGGAAAACUUAGACUCGCUAUGGUCUGAUUUAGAUGACUCGUUGCAAUCAGCAAUUCAAAGUGCUAAAAAGAAGACUACCUCGCCCACGUCAGCGAUCAAGAGCAAAGUGACAGAUCGAGAGCCGAAUCAUCACCCCUCAAAAGAGCUCAUUGAUAGACAGACGACUCGUGGAGCCGAGCAAGGCUCCCCUGCUCAGGUGCUCAGAGCUCUGAACUCAAUCAAGAUAGCAUCAUCCCUCUCCUCGAACCCAUACACCUCAUCUCAGUCGUCCUCAGCUGCUUCUUCGCCUUCUAAUCGGCGCCUCGGCAGGCACCGGGACAAGUGCGUACGAUUCUCAUCCCUCGAUGCUGCGCUGCACGGCAGGUCUGUUGACUGCUACCCUAUAAAAGAAGAACCUUCAUCGCCCGUCGAAAACGUGAUCGUGGCCACUCAAGUCUUGCAUGAGAACGUUCCGUUGCGGGCCACCCUCGCCGAAGAGGAGGAAUUCGAUGACAUUGAAAUUUUUGACGAGAAAUUUACGCUUGAAACCAACGAGAAAGAGUCCUCGGCCGUUUGCGAAGAUUCGUCGGUACCAAAACCACCCAUCGCAACAGAUUUUGUUAACAAGCGUUAUGAAAAACAUGAAGGUCAAUCGAGCGAAAACGGGGAAAAUUCACUGGAGACAGCUCACCAAAAAUCACCCACGGAUUCUGAAAGGAGAAAGAUUCGAAGUGAAAGAAGCGGUUUUGUCGCCAGUCUCAUCGGAAAUUUUGAGUCGUCUUCACCGGUGCGAAAAAAUUCUUUCGAUAAGAACAGGCACAGAUCUUCUAAGGAUUCCUCACCUUCGAGAAGCGAAGAUGAAGAACACGGUCUAACACGUUCUAGAGUUACCAAAACAUUUUCAAAAGAACAUGGAAAGGUUAUGCCAGUCGAGGAAAAAGUCAAGUCAGAGGUUCCGAUUAAACCGGAGACAUCACCUAAACCCGAAAAACUUGUGAAAAAGUUCAAAUCGGCUAAGCCUGUUGUUGUGAGCGCGAAACGAGACACAUCUCCACAUUCCGAAAAGACACGAAGCGUUUUAAAAGGAAUAAAAACUGUCGAAAAAGAAGAGGAGCCAAUACUUGUUUCGUUUGGAGGGAACAAUGAUGAAGCUCAGUUUAAUAAAUCAGAAUCGAAGCGAGCUACAACGACUGCUGAAUCAGACAACGAAAAGAAUAUAAUACCCGAAGAAGUUGUGCCAACGGUGAAAAUAACUUUAACCGAAGCGAGUCCAGAAAAGAAACUUUCUGUUAAUAAUGACACUGACCUUGUGUUCGCAAAUGGAACCAGUGAUGAACCUAGCAAAGAUCGUGUUGUUGUUUUUGUGUUCAGGGAUCCUGAAGAAGAUAUCACUAUCGAAACAGAGAAUAAUAACAUAGAGUUAUCUUCAAACGAUGAGAAAACAAUUAAUGUGCAAGAAGAAUCAGAGACACAGACAGCUGAUUAUUCAAUCAACGUUUCGUCGGAAAGUGACAGUAACGAUAAAGAAUUGCACGAAAAUAUACCAGAGUCCAAAUCCGAAUCUAAAUGCUCCACGGAACCGCUACCGAAAAUUGGUUGGUGUGUGGAGCCUCCGACGUCGCCUUCAGCAUCUGCCUCUUCCAAAGAACCUGAGCCAGGAAAUGAAAUUACCGCAAAAAUUCAAGAUACAAUCUUGGACGCGCAGUGCAACGAUGAAUUACACAACGUGAACGAUGAAUGCCGUGACUCAGAUGAAGAAAAUAGGCUAAAAAAAUCAGAGAAUCCUCCUUCACCGUUUGAUGAAGAGCCCAAGCAAGAGUCGACCCUCUCGAAUUCAUCGUCCCAAACAAUAAAAGCCAGCGAGAAAACAAGUUUAACCGUCAACACGGUGCCCGUGGUGGAGGAAACUGAGAAAGAGAUCAAACCUCCGACGAUUGUCGAGCCAUCGACGGAUUGCUACCUCAACCCGUGCAAAGAGCUUUUGGCUACUUCAGUCAACAAAUCCUCUCAAGGAAAUUCUUCUAAUCCGUUCGGCGAUUCCGAAGAAGAAUCGGAAGAAGCCAUCACAGUCGUUGUCGACUCGUCAAAAAAUCCUAUCAGUAGUCCUUCUAAAUCCCUUAACCCUUUUGACGAUGACGAGAGCGAAGAAUUGGCAGAAAAUGGAGGCAUAUCAGCGAUACCGGAAUCCCUUAGAUCGACUCCUUCGCCAUUGCCGCGAAACUCCAUACCUCCGAAACCAACUCCACGAGCCUCAAAAUUGUCUAUUGGAGGUUCCAACCCUUCACUCUAUUGCCUCGAUACUAAGAACUCAACCGAGAGUCUCAACUGGCCUUACGCCCUGCGCUCCCCUCUCAACGUUUCAACCCUUUCAACGAAGUCACUGAACCCUUUCGAUGAGUCCGAGGAAGAGGAUGACUCUCGAGGAGGGUUCCAGCGAUACCAUAAAGGCAACGCGUCGGUCCGAGGAGGGGAAGGGAAAUUCAACACUGUGGGCAAGGGCAAAUUCAGAGGCUCGCUGCCUAUGAGGCGCACCAAACGCAGGGCGCCUCUGCCUCCAGGAAUGCAAGCGCCCUCGCCCAGUCCCGCCCACGGACCUCUCACGUCCUCUCCUUCAACUCCUGCCGGAUAA